CUUUGCACAUUUGACUUUCAGGUGCAAUGGGGUAGAUUGCAUCUAUUCUCCCUAUAUUGGAAGGAGCCUCCCAGCCAGAGUUGGAUGGAUUGCUUCAACUCUUCAAUCUGCAAGGUUCUUGGCUAAUGAAUUCUGCUUCUUCUCCCACCAUUCUUGUCAUGGAUGCAGCAGCUUCAGGCGCAAAGGCUCUAGCUUUUUGCAGCAAAUCAAGGAGCCUUUCGAUACAUGGCACAAUUAGCAGUAGAGCUUUAGGAAGAAGAAGAAGCUUUUCUGUCCGACAAAGGGCUCCAAAGCCAAGAACAGGCGGCAAUAUUCUUUUCCUCACCCGGUGCUCCACGAGGCCCGGAAUCGACAGCGAUAGCGCAACGAAUCAGAAUAAUCCCGCCAUUGAAAUGGGUGGUGGUUCGAGCAGGACUGCUGGGCACCCGGAAACCAGUACUCUUCCAAAUCAAGCACUCCCGUCCACCAUUUCCAAAGGCCUGGUCCUUGCUUUGGGGUCUGAAGAUUCAUGGGACGGCGCCGAGCUUGGCUCGCCCGUGGUGAAAAGAUUUGUUGGGGACGAUGAAGAGAGAUGGUACAUGUGGUACCAUGGAAGGCCUAAUGGCGCAGCCGACGCUGCUGCAGUCGACUGUCUUGGUUUAGCAGUUUCCAGUAACGGGAUUCACUGGGCCCGAGGAACCGGAGCUGUUCGAUCGAGUGGAGAUGUUGGGUUGGUGAUGAAUUGCAGAGAGAAUUGGUGGGCUUUUGAUACUAAUAGCAUUAGGCCAUCUGAAUUGAUUAUGAUGCCCAUCCCCAAUUACAGUUCUGUUUACUGGCUUUACUACACUGGAUUUUGUUCCGAAGAAUUGGAGCUUGAAAGCUUAGAAAGGCUUGAUCUUGGCAGCAAGAAAGAUGGCAAAAUUCUGAAAUCUCUUCCAGGAUUAGCUUGCAGCCAAGAUGGACGGCACUGGACCAGAAUUGAAGGAGAGAACCACAGUGGGGCUUUGCUGGAAGUUGGGGCCAAAAACGAGUGGGAUUCUUCGUUCAUUGCAUCUCCCAAAGUGGUCUUCCAUGGCCGUGAUGAUCUGAGGAUGUAUUACCACUCUUUCGACCUCAAAAAUGGGAAAUUUGCAGUAGGGUUAGCAAGAUCAAGAGAUGGGAUCAGGUGGGUGAAACUGGGGAAGAUCCUGGGAGGAGGAUCAAGAGGCUGCUUCGAUGAACUCGGUUCGAUGAAUCCACACGUUGUGAGAAACCCCAAGGAUGGGAGCUAUUUGAUGGCCUAUGAAGGGGUGGAUGCAGAGGGAGUGAGGAGCAUUGGUAUGGCGGUUUCUUCGGACAGAUUAAGGCAGUGGGAUCGGCUUCAAGACGCCGCGGUGCUGACGCCAUCGGAGCAAGAAGGCUGGGACAAUAAAGGGGUGGGAUCGCCAUAUCUGGUUCACAUGAAAGGACUUACUGGCGAUGAUCAAUGGAGGCUUUACUACAAAGGGGUUGGUGACAAUGGGAGAACUGGAAUUGGAAUGGCUGUGUGUGAAGGCAGUCAAGUUGGAAAUUUUAAGAGAUGGGAAGGCCUUCAAUUGUGAGAUGGAUUCCAAAGUCUAUUUUUUUUUUUUCUCUAUUUGGGUAAGUAAAAUUAUAUAUGUAUAUGUAUAUAUACACGUAUAUUACACGAAACUUAUAUUUGGUGUCACAAGCAACUGAACUUUACUAAACUCAAACUCAAGACAUCGGAUUCAUUAGGUUAUGA